GGUUAGCUUUCGAACGAAGGUGUGUACUUUUAGUAGUUUUCUGUAAUUUGGCAUGCUAUAGUAGAAAAAAGAUGCCUUCUGUAACGCUUAAAGAUGUUGAUCAACACAAAUUUGUGAAGGCUUUUGCUGCCUUCUUAAAAAAGACUGGUAAAAUGCGAGUUCCAGAAUGGGUAGAUAUUGUAAAAUCUGCACGUUUCAAGGAACUUGCUCCAUACGACCCAGAUUGGUACUACAUAAGAUGUGCUGCUUUGGUUCGACAUAUUUAUAUUCGUAGUCCAAUUGGUGUAGGAGCUGUGACAAAAAUCUUUGGAGGACGUAAACGUAACGGAACCCAUCCCAGUCACUUCUGCCGAUCUGCAGGUGGUGUUGCUCGUAAAGCUCUUCAAAGCUUGGAGCAACUUAAACUCAUUGAAAAAGCUCCACUUGGAGGACGUAAACUUACCAGCCAAGGUCGUAGAGAUUUAGAUCGUAUUGCUGCACAAGUCAAAGCAAAAAGCAAAAAACAACUUAAACUGCAAGAGACUCUUGUCCUUUAAUUUCUCUGUUUCUGUAAUAAAAGUGAAAAAUCCAUA